CGUCACCGCAGCAAGAGGGACCGGGAGGUGCGCCACCACAAAUGCCGAUGCCUCCAAGAUUGAUGACACCCGAAGAUUAAGGCUUUACAGAUAAAAGAUAAAUCAUCACCGACUGCUGCAUCCCUCGCUCCGUGAAAAAAUGUUCUCGACAACUCGUGAAUAAAUUCAUCACAUGAAGGAUGCAGUUGAUGCUGCGAGAUGACUUACAGAGAGGAGGUCCUCCUAAGAAAAUAUAUUACGAGGCCACAUACUAGCGACCACCAUUACACGUCACGACCAGAAUCACAGCACCGCGAUCCAAGAACCAGCACUGGCUUCAUAUGGCGAGUGCCAUCCAUUAUACUAUAAAAAUGAAGCUUCCAAUCCCGCACAAGAUUGUCCUCCUGCGACAAGGUGGUGGCCGCAUG